AGUUGCUUGUUUUCCACCGAGAUGAGCGCAAUAAGCACCGCCCUGCUGCUCUGCCUGAUCCUUACCAUCGGUCUGUUCCUUGGCCAAGGUCGGGCGAAUCCCGUGGAGGCGAAUGAUCCCGAUAUUCCCGCACCCGAUGCCAACGAACUGGACAUCGAUUUCGGGGAGGAGGACGCCACCGACAAGCCACUGGGCAUAGUCUCGAUCAAGGUGCGCCACAUUCAGCCGGACCCCACCUACUGCGCCCAGCUCUCGCCCCACCACCCACACCAACCCCAGUGCCACAGCUACUGCAAGCGCCAAGGUCACUGGGUGGGCCAGUGCAAGAAGAACACCUGCCAGUGCUUCUCCUAGGUCUACUUUGACAGUGAGCCGAAACAUCGUGUUUUUUUUUUGAGUGCAUAUAUGUAUAUGACGAAACUGUGCAAAUGUACUUUAUAUGAAUGAAAGUGAAUCAAAUGACUCAAAUCAAACUCAUAUUAUGUAUUCUCUGACCUACUUACAUACUUACAUGCACUGAUUAGAAAAAGCAGAACCUUAAUAAAUCUUAAAUUCACUUCUA